GCCAAGGUGGGUGAGGUGUGUACAGAUGUAAGCACGUGCGACGAUGGAGAAUGCUGCCAGAUUAGAGUCAAUUCGGUUUGGCGUGCGAAAAAUGGAACUUGUCAAAAGAUUGUGAAGGCAGGGGAGACCUGCGACAACCAGGCACAGUGGCGUGGAGAGAUGUGUGCUUGUGAGAAGGGAUUCCUCUGUUACUCUAAGCCUCUUGGGAACGCGAAGACAGCUGUGUGUGAGAAGCCAAGACCCGUGCAAAGCACGCCCUUACCCGUACAAAGACAACCCUUCCCUGUACAAAGACCUUUCCCUGUACAAGGCCUUCCCCCGCAUCCCCCACCUCCUAUGUGGUUUUGGUUUUGAUUUAGGCAAGAGAGAUAAACGUCACAGAGCCAGGCUCA